AUGAAGAGUCUAGUUGCCAUUGUGUUUCUAUUGUGUCUGGCGUCCGCGCACAAGUCCGCCGACGUCAAACACAAAUGGUGGAGUAUUCCGGAACCCGUGGCCACUGUUGGCAAGUUAUUUUACUUCAAAAUUCCUCAUGACUCGGUUGUCGACAACACCGGUCCCAUUGACUUUUUGGGUCAAGACGGUGGUGGUCUUCCAAGUUGGCUAGUUCAAGGUAAGGGUGAGCUUGAAGGAAUACCUGGACCUGAAGAUGUUCGUGAUCAUUUGUUGGUGAGAGCUGGAGACAAAAGUCGUCUAAUGAUUUCUGAUGUAGCUUAUAUCAGAGUUGCGCCCUUAAAAUGGAAAAAUGUUCGAAAUAAUAAACGAUGUAAAAAUACUGAAGAUUCUAUUUUGCUAUGCCUUGUUAUUGGUAUGAAUUUUAAGAGCAUACAACCUUUACAAAGGCUUAUUGCACUGAAAAAUUUGGCAGGAUUUUUGAGUCUUCCUCAAGAUGCUGUGUUAUUAGUGCCUCAAGAAAGUGUAUCUUCUUGGUUAAUCGACUAUUUAGUAUCUGAACGCCAAUCCCACAAAAAACAUCAAUUUAAUGAUACAUCGUUUGUCCUUUGGGAGGUUGGCUGUGGAGGUGAUAUUUUACAAGAACAUAUUGAUCAUGUACGGCAAAUGCAGAGUAAUACAGUUGAUGGAACAUUGUCUGAGGUAUUGCAGUUACCAGUCACCAGUUGGAGACUGGUAAAUUCAUUAAACCCUUUACGAGGCCGUCGUCAGGUGGUGAUGAAAGGUGCAAAACAAGCCGCAAAUUCGGCAAACACCUCCGAAUUAGAUGACAAUGAUGAUAGUUUGACCAGAAAUCUUAAUACUCCACCCGAUAAUGAUGAUGAUGAUGAAGAAGAAGAAAUUAUUCCUGAUACUAGACAAACAAUUAUUGAACCAUCUCCAGUAUAUAUACCUCAUAUUUAUGACUCUGACCAUUAUCAUAGACAUCAUCGUAGAGAUGAAUCUGUACUGAAUAUCCCAAGAGACAUUAUUGACUCUACCCCUGUUCAAAAUAUGAAAUUAUCUCCUACUCUUGAUUUAAGUGGAGCUACUGGACCUUUUGAAAACAUUCAACCAACACCUUCAUUCUACGAGGAAAGGUCUUCCACUCCUACUACCCAAGAAUUAUCUGAAUCUGUAGGUAUGGGUGAUUCGUAUGAUGUAACAAGUAUACCAGAUGAUAAUAUAUCUACUGAAACUCCUAAUCUGGUGACAGACAAGAUAAAGGAUCUAAUUAAUGAGAAUUCUGUUAGUACUUCAACUACUAUAACCACAACAAAUAGGGAAAAUCCUAACACUUCACCAAUUAUUAAACAUAGGUUACCUAAACUUGCUAUUACUGCUGGCAAACCAUUAAAGUAUCCCAUUCCCAACAAUAUAUUCUAUGAUGCUGAAGAUGGAGAUGCAAAACACUUAAAAUUAGCCCUGUUGAACACCGAUCCGGCUCUAUUAUCAUGGGUCGAGUUUGAUGCUGAAAAACAAAUCUUACUUGCUUUACCUUUGGAGGAUCAUGUAUCAAAAUGGGAAGUGGUAAUUGAAGCAAAAGAUUCUGGGAACCUCACUGUUAACAAUACAUUAGAACUGGUAGUCCAACAGUUACCUCACUUACGUGCCAUUAAUCAUCAGUUAACACUACAAAUGCGCUUAAAACAAGACUCAUUAGCUUGGAUUCAUCCAGUUAGUUGGAGCUUGGAUAUCAUUGACAGAAUUAGUACAAUUUACUCAACUGAAGUUAAAGACAUCACAGUCUUAGACUGGCCGAGAGUCUCUAUUUUAGCUGCCAAUAAGGAUAAACAUAGCAUUCAGUUUACCUGGACCAAUGAUACAUUGCCGCGUGAAGUCUGUCCUAAGGAAAAAAUAACUAAAAUUUUAGGAAUUUUAAAACCAGAAAAAGGUAGUAAAAUGAAAUCUGGAAAAUAUUUUGGUUCUUCAGUUGUUUUGGAAGAUGUUAGUUGGCAAGGAUUGGGUAAUUGUGCUUCAACAUCAUUUAUUUCGAGUCAAAAUUAUCAACCUGUGUUGCGCAAUCCUGUUGAUCUUAUUAAUGCAACUUAUGGGCAGCUUUUAUCUUAUGUCGUACCAGAGGAUACAUUUUAUGAUCCCGAAGAUGGUUCUUCACGUAGAUUGAAAUUGUCAUUAAUGACUAUUGAUCGUACACAAGUUCCAGCAAACAGCUGGCUACAAUUUGACACUAAAAAUCAAGAGUUCUAUGGCAUUCCGUUGUGGGGUGACAAAAGCUUUUCUGAAUAUCAACUUAUUUGUACCGAUAGAGAGGGUAGAUCAAAUCAUGAUAGUCUAGUAGUAUCUAUACGCAAUACAACUAAGCCUUUGCCAUCAGCUGAAUUUGAUAUGAUAUUCAAAACUCCAGAAUUCAAAGAAUUCAAUAAUUCAGCUAAACUUAAAAAAAUAUUUGUUGAACGUGUAGCUAAUCUUUUUAGCGAUAAAAAUACCGCUAACAUUGUUGUUCUUGGAGUCAGCUCAGUAAAUGGUAUGACAAUGGUGACAUGGUACAAUAAAACAUUAGAAAUUGAUCGGUGUGAUGAAGAGAAAGUUCUACAACUAAGACAAAUCUUAUUGAAUGAAGAAGAAAAGUUAUCGGAAAAUGUAACAAAAAAUAUGAAACCAUCAUUUAAUGUAGUUGGAGCACACGUUACGCCUUCUGGUAUGUGUGAAGGUGGAUUUACAGAAGUUCGACCACCAAAAACACCCAACAAUGUUACACCUCGCGAUGACAAUAUAUUGCUUUUAUUCGAUAAAUCAGAACAGUAUUUUUCGACAUUUAUUAUUCCAGCAAUCAUAAUUUUAGCUAUGAUGCUGUUUGCUGGGUUAUUGGCUUGUUUAUUAUAUCGCCGAAGACCAUCAUCAAAGUUAAGAAUUGGUGAUGAUGAAAGACAAAGUUUCCGAAGUCGUGGUAUUCCAGUUAUUUUCCAAGAUGAGUUGGAUGAAAGACUUGAGCCCACAAAUAAAACACCUAUAAUCAUGAGAGAAGAAAAGCCGCCUUUACCACCACCUGAAUAUCAAAGAUCACCACCAAUGGCCACCACAGCUUUACUAGCCGAUACAGAAGAUUCACCAUAUCAGCCUCCACCACCACCUUUCUCAAAUGUUGGCUCCAAUCACAGGUCAAAACCGUCAUCAACUCCAUCAUAUCGCAAGCCCCCACCUUACGUUCCUCCUUAA